ACGCGCUGCAACCAGCGAGCACGUUCUCACCCCUUCACCCACACCCCACCCACGGCACCCACCGGAUUUGUCUCCGCCGCCGGACAGUCGACGGCUGCCGUCCAACCCCGUCAAAACCCUCCUCCGCCGCGGAUCCUCUCCUCUCCGCUCCAAUGGAGCCACAACCAUUUCCUCCUCCUACGCCGCCUCCAACCCUGGCGUCCGCCCUCGCACACCUCCGCUCCCUCCUCUCCGCCGCCUCUUCCGCCCUCGCUGCCCUCCCAUCCCCUCUCCUCCCCAACCCCGCCACCACCCCCCUCACCACUCUCCCCUCACCUCCGCCCACCACCACCACGACCUCCCCCGUCCCGCCGCCCUCCUCCGCCGUCCUCGUCCCGCUCCCGGCCUCCCCAACCCCUUACUCCGAUUGCCCUGGCGUCGUCCGCGUCACUCCAGCCCCGACCCCCGCCUCCUCGUCCCUCCCCGCUUUCCUCGCCGCCGAGUGCGCAGAUUUCUCCUCUUCUACUACCGGCACGAGCCCCUCACCUCUGCCCCGCAUCCUGCCGUCGGAGCUCGGUCUCUUGCGCCGGGAGCUGGAUUCCUGGGGCGCGGGGGGCCACCACCUCCCGGGGUCCCACGCCUACGCUGUAACCCGGGUAACGGCCGCGUUCCGCUUCGGUUUGCCGCCGCGGUGGGAGGCCGAGCUGCGGCGGUGGGUGGUCGCGAGCUCACCGAGGUACGGGGUUGUGAUCGACACGGCGGUGCGGGACCACGUCUGGGUGCUGGUGCGUCUCUGCCUGAAGGCCGUGGCGGCGGAGGCCGGGUGCUUGCUGGAGCGGGCGCGGAAAGGGGAGGACCACGAAGGGUUUGGUCUUGAUCCAAAGGCAGUGUGGUUUGAGUGCCCGAGGCUGGUCGAGGGCGUCUCGUGGUUAGGUGUGCAGCUCGGAGUUUUGUACGGGGAGGGCAACGGGAGGGUCUUUGCGGUUGCAGCGGUGAAGGAGGCAGUGCUGCGCAUGGGUUAUUGCUUGACUGUUGGUGUAGGAGAUGGCAUUGGUGGCGGUGGAGGCGGGGAGGCAGGAGCUAGUGGACAUGCUGGUGAGAAAGGAAACAAUGCUGGAGAUGUUGUGGCAGGCCCUGUUUUUCUUUCCCAGGUUGCUGCUGCCAUCGCGGCGUUGUAUGAGAAGACAAAGGCUCUGCGAGCUCAACGCCCUUCAAAAUAUCAGCUAUUACUUGAAUAUUCACAAGCACUGGAACGAGGACACCUGGAGCGAUCAAACCGACCAAACUACAGACCUAUUUUGGAGUAUGAUGGGAUUCUGUCACGCCGAGUAUAUAACCAGGAAUCUGGCGGAGCCAAGACAAGGGAGGAGCUUUUAGCUGAAGAACGAGAUUACAAACGAAGAAGAAUGUCUUACCGUGGCAAGAAAGUGAAGCGAGAUCCAAUAGAGAUACUAAGAGAUAUAAUUGACGAGCAUAUGGAGGAAAUCAAACAGGCUGGAGGAAUUGGUUGUCUUGUGGAAACUCCUUCUAACAUUGCACAAAAUAUGCUUAAGAGCAACUCUCACGGAGGUACAUAUCAAGGAAGUUUUAAUCCUGCAAGCAGCACUUCUUAUGAUAAGGCAGCAUUGGGUUCUCGGGCACCUAGUUGUGAGAACUCACAACGUGCUGAUUCUUUGGGAAGAGUUUCAUCAAGGAGCCGUGACACAAGAGAUUCGUACAAGAACUUAAGAUAUGAAACUGAUGGGAACCGUUACCAAAAUGUAUCUGAGCAUGAAAGUAAACGGAGUUGGAGUAAAGGAUUAGAAAGUGAAAUAGAUCAAAGUUAUCCGCACCGGUAUGAAACCAAUAGGCGUCAAAGAAACUCCAAUGAUAAUAAGAAUUAUGCUUGUAAGUAUAACAAGGAUGUCUCAGACUACUGUUUUGAAUCAAGUGAUUGUACAGCAUGGUCAACACGAUCACAAAGAUCCUCAGGUGUAGAAUAUGACCACAUGCUAGGAGGACACAGUGAUAGAAGUAGAACUAGUCAGAAGCGACAUAGAUCAAUAUCUGUGACUCAAGACCAGUUCGGCGAUAGAUAUGAUCCCCAAAGCACAUAUUCUGAUGGAGAUCCUCCGACAAGCAUGCUUUCUGAUGUUACAGAAGGAAAGCAUGAGGUAUACCAUGAUGAAGUACAUCGUCGUGGACAUCAUGAGAGAAAGCGGGAUCACCAUCGCUGAAAGAAAAAAUAGAUAUUAUUUUUCUUUUCUAUGCCAGUAGCUAAAUAAUACAGGCAUCUGGGUUAUUAGCCUUCAGCUGUAUCCUUUUAUGUAUCCUUACGCAACUUUAUAACUUCUACGGUAACAGAGUUAAUAUCUGUUACAGUUGUUUCUUCUCUCCUUGGGACCUGUUAGCUGUUAAUUUUCUCUUGUUUUCCAAAUUCAUUUACACCGAUUAAGUUUCUUGCUGCACUUUCAUGUGAUAAUCCGUCAAGCUUAUCUGAACUUAAUGUAUGGUGGCGUGAAUUUUUUCUUUCACUGCUAAUCUUUCUUAAACACUUUCUGCUAGUUUUAAAGAAUUCGUUCUAAUUAAUUUAUUCUGGACCCAGUAAUCACUUCUGUUAUGGGCUGACAAAGGAAUUUCAAUUGUCUGCUUAUGCUUCGCAAGAGUGCAGAUUUUUUUUUUUGUCUGCAACUAUUUUUCUGAGCUGUGCAAGUUAAGCUUCACCUGGCUAAUAUUAGAUGCUACUAUUCUUAUGUUCAUAUAAUUUGUUCAUGCUAAAUUGCUAAUUCAUGUGAACAUGUAGUUUAGGAUGAGGUUUGGCAUGCUAAUAUGAUAUUUACUUCUGUGCCUGUUUUUUUAUAUGACGUGUCUACUUCAUUGGUGUGUGGAAAUGAGGAUCUUGCAAGGUGCAAUUAUAAAUUCUUGAACAUACGCUCAGUAUCUGCUCUGAUAUAGGGAGCAACAGCUCCAGAGAUUAUCAAACUGAUGGUUUUGAUAUUUAGCAGCUUCCACCUCAUUAUUGGUUACUGGGUUCCGGUCUCCAAAUGUUGGAUUGUGAAUAAUGAAUACUUUAAUCCCUCAGAUUUUUUGAUAUAUCUUGAAGCUUUCUUCGCAGUAGAUUGAAUUUGCUAAAGUGCCCUGCUUUUCAACCACAGCUAAAAUUUAGUGGAAAGAUAACAAUACUGAUACUCUACUUUAGUCAAAACUUACAUAGCUAUUAUGUUAUUUAGUUUUUUAAUACACUGGUUGCUUCUUUACUAAAAAAUGGUGUUUGUCUACGGCAUGACAUUCAUAAUGUCAUUUGUGAGUAUCGAUCACAUCACAUGUGUUCAUUAGAUUUAGUUUCUAACUUAGUAUGAGCUGAAUCUAUUGGACUUUAUUGCAAUAGCAAAGUGUACGAGUCUUUACAUAAAGCUUGACAGAUUCAAAAGAACUAAAAGCAUUCUUACUUUUACAACCCUUGUAUGUGUAUUUUCAGAGAAUUAGAAAGAAAAAAAGUCAGAAGCCACAUAGUUAUGUGUAUUUAUUCUUUUUUUCUCAUCACUUUACUAUUUGAAAGCAGGAAAAAGAUGGUAAAAUGAAAUGGUCCAUGUGUGUUCGAAACUCUCCUGCUUCAGCCUGUAAUAUGACGAUUGGCUGCUUUAGUUUUGGUGACAAUAGUUACCUUUUCACAUUAAAGAAAACUGGCAACUAAGUUUUUAUCCAAGACCUUUAUGGAUGUGUGCAGAUAUGCCACUUCUGUACUUACAAUGUUCCGUAGGUAGUUUUUCUAAUUCCACUUUUAGGUCUGUAUUAUUAAUGCUUAAUGUUCUCUCAUUACAACGCUUAUCUGCUUGCAAUUAUUUGUUGUUAAUUUGCAAUUUAUAUGUCAUGUCAUUCAGCAACAGUUCUAUAAUUUGUUGACAUUGUGUUCUCUCUUAAAACAUUUCUAAUUUACUGUCUUAUUUAUUGUAGGCAACCAGUCAGUCUGAGCAAUCCUGCUAGUUUGAUGAACUACCUAGGUAGCAACUAAUAGUUUUGCUAGGUCAGCGCCUCUCCAAUGUUCUGCUGAAGUGUUUCUGUUUUGUGUUAAUUCAUUUUGUUGUACUGAAUGUGCUCCCUAUAUUGUUGUACCGUGUAGAUAGAAAUAGUGCUGCAUUCUAGAACCACCUUGAUUUGUGGUGGAAGGCAAGCAUUGUGCCAACAUUGAACAAUCUGCUAUUCGGGUACUGGAAGAACCCUGAGUUUCACAAAACUGU